GUUAAGCUCUACCAACUUCACGUCUCCGACACGUUUUGAGAAUUGAAAAAGAACACUUACGAUGCCUGGACGUCCGCUUUGGCAGGUUGCUGGCAAACGAGAAUCGAGCCAGGAAGCUGAGGCUCAGCAGUGGAUCGAGACAGUGGUUGGCGUGAAAUUUCCACCAGGCGUAAGUUAUGAGGAUGCUUUACGUGAUGGAAUAUUGCUUUGUAAGCUGAUGAACAAAUUGCAACCGGGUCUCAUCACCAAAAUCAAUACGUCUGGUGGUGAUUACAAAAUGAUGGACAAUCUUCAACAGUUCCAGAAGGCCUGUGUGAAAUACGGAGUACCUGAUGUCGAUUUAUUCCAGGCGGUUGAUCUAAUGGAAAGGAAGAACAUCGCUCAAGUGACUAACACCAUUUUUGCCAUUGGUCGCACUACAUACAGACAUCCUGAAUGGCGUGGCCCAUGGCUGGGACCAAGACCAGCUGAAGAGAACAAGAGAAACUUUACAGAAGAACAAUUAAGAGCUGGUGAAGGUCUUAUUGGUCUACAAGCUGGUACGAAUAAAGGUGCUACCCAAGCUGGUCAAAACUUUGGUGCAACAAGGAAGAUUCUUCUUGGAAAAUAAUGUACACAAAGUGUUUUUUUUUUAUGUUCAGAAUUUUUUAAUAGUUUAAAAUUAAUAUUAG